CAUUCCCCUGUGGGUGAUUCCUCAGCACUGGCUGUGCAGACCCAGGGAGCCGCACAGCCCAGACCUGGGCAACACCUGUAGGAGCUGAGAGUGUCCUCCCGGCAGCAGGCAGAACAAACACGUGGGCCUGGGUUUCACAACCCUAAGGCAUCGAAUUCCGCCACCAACUCAAAUCAGAUCGAAGCCAGACCCUUCUCAGGUGAAGGCAACGACCAAACAGCCAGACCCAUCCUGGAGGUCCCUCGUGUGACCCUGAGCAGGAGGCAGUCACUUGGCCUAGUAGAACUUCUGACCUAUCCAUAAUCAAACCACCCCAGCCGGAACUUCUGCCUCUAUAGCUGCUGUCAUGGAGCAGACUUGAAUCUCACCCAUGGAGACAGGCAGACAAACGGGUGUGUCUGCUGAGAUGUUCGCCAUGCCCCGAGGUCUGAAGGGCAGCAACAAGGAUGGAAUCCCUGAGGACCUAGAUGGGAACUUGGAAGAAGCCGGGGGUCAGGAAGGUGAGCUCAGGAGUCAGGAUGUCAUGGACCUCACAGAAGGUGACAAUGAAGCCUCAGCCUCAGCUCCUCCUGCAGCCAAAAGACGGAAAACAGGUACCAAAGGAAAGAAGGAGAGGAAGCCCACCGUGGAUGCAGAGGAGGCUCAGAGGACGACAACCCUGCUGUCUGCCAUGUCUGAGGAGCAACUGGCCCGCUACGAAGUGUGUCGCCGGUCAGCUUUCCCAAAAGCACGCAUUGCAGGUCUGAUGCAGUCUAUCACUGGCAGAUCGGUGCCUGAGAACGUGGCCAUUGCCAUGGCUGGAAUAGCCAAAGUCUUCGUUGGAGAGGUGGUGGAAGAGGCCCUGGACGUGUGUGAGAUGUGGGGAGAAACGCCCCCACUGCAGCCCAAGCAUUUAAGGGAGGCUGUUCGCAGGUUAAAGCCCAAGGGCCUCUUCCCCAACAGCAACUACAAAAAAAUCAUGUUCUAGGCCCAAGGCCAGAGGGAAGGGUCUGUUUGUGCAGGAAUAAGUACUGCAUUUGUCUUCCAAUGACAGGACUGUGUUUGCUGGAGCUUCUGCAUCUCAGUCUACCCCGGAUUUACCCAUAAUCUUAGUGUCUUACAAUUUGAAGUUGGCCUUACCUGGAUGAAGAUAGCAGAUUGUUUCAUAGUAGCCUUGGCUAAAUGUUUGGGCCUCCGAGUUCAUAUUGAAGCAUUUUUGUAUGUCUUUCUAGUUGGAAGAAUAAAGGUACCCGGGCCUCGAGCAUCCUGUGGACAGGUAGCUGCAUUCAGAGAGGGAAGCUCUUUCCAGGAGAUUUGUACGGUUUCAUGCUGAAGCCUGGUGUUGCCGUGUCUUAGCUUGUAUGCUUAUGUCUGGGUUUCAGUAAGUGAAGCCUCCAGAAAUGUUUCCCAAUUGUUGUCCUGUGUAUUUUUCAUGCUCAUAUGUAUUUUUGUGAGUCAUCACGAAAACAGUUAAACUCUUUUCCAAACUGCAGAAAUAAAAAUUAAGUCACAAAGC